AUAUUUCGUUAUUCCUUGAAGACCGUUCGGUAAAUUGAAGCAAAAGCACAAAAUGUGCGGAAUUUGUUGUGUAUUAAUUUUCACUCCACAAAAAGAUGCCGCCGAUCUUUUGGAAAAGGGAGUGCUACAAAACCUUCAAAGAAGAGGUCCAGACCACAGCCAACAACUAUCCACAAGAUUGUCCGAUUUGAACUACAACUGUUUUUUCUCUAGUCAUGUGCUGCAUUUGAGAGGUACUUUCAGCCCUCAGCCCAUGCAAGAUGCGCAAGGAAACCUUUUCCUUUGGAAUGGAGAAGUCUUUGGUGGAAUAGAGGUCGGAACUGAAGACAAUGAUACGCAGAUUAUUUUCCAGCAUUUAACGUCAGCUAAGAGCGAAGACAUUAUUCUCUCCGUUUUGUCAUCCAUUCGCGGACCAUGGGCUUUUAUGUAUUACCAACCAUCCAGUCAUUGUUUGUGGUUCGGUCGAGACUUUUUUGGUCGCCGUAGUUUGCUGUGGCGGUUUAAGAAUGAUGAUAAAAUAUGCCUUACUCUUACAUCAGUGGGUACAUUAGUCCCAGGAAAUGGAGACGAGUCUUGGCAGGAAGUGCCAGCAGGUGGAGUUUACAAAAUCGACCUCCAAAAGCAGUCCAAUGGUGACUCCUUAUCAAUAAUGUGGUAUCCAUGGAAACAUCCAUUAACUGAACAUGAAGCCAGAAAUGAAGAAGCUCAGUUUACUGACCAACUACCAAGUUUUGUUUCUGUUUGUUUGAACGAAUCAAAACUUUUCCUGAGAGCGCCAGUCACUCCCAUGAAUGAUAGUAUUCCAGAAUUUUGCAUCAAUACUGAAGAUAGUGAAACACCUUCAAUAAAUGUUGAACUUUUUCUUGCAGAUGAACAUAAAAAGAGAUUAGUCCAUCAGUUUACCAAUGUCUUGAGUGAGUCUGUUAGACAGCGUGUGUUAUGUUUGCCAAGACACCAGGAUCUCUCUGGCUUCGAAGUUCAUGCCACUGUUUCUGACCCAGCAAAAGUUGCUAUUCUCUUUUCUGGUGGUGUUGAUUCUAUGGUUCUUUCAGCCCUCGCUGACCACCACAUUCCUCCAGGUGAACCUAUCGAUCUGUUGAAUGUAGCCUUUAAGCAACAAGAACCGAAAAGACAGAAAAUCUCAACAAAGAAACAAAAAAAAGAGAAAGGCGUUUCCACCGCUGCCCAUCAGGUGUCUCUAAACUGUGACUCCAGCAAUGCUGAAGAGAAGGCCUCUUUUAAUGUACCUGAUAGGAUCACUGGUCUGUCAGGUUUAAAAGAGUUGCAAGCCAUAAACCCGUCUAGAAUGUGGAAUUUUGUAGAAAUCAACAUCGAUUUAGAGGAGCUGAAGGAAAUGAGACGGCAGCGGAUUUGCCACCUGGUGCAACCAUUGGACACAGUGUUGGACGACAGCAUUGGUUGUGCAGUGUGGUUUGCUGCCAGAGGUGUUGGCACCAUUUUGUGCAAUGGAGAAACCCAACCAUUCACCAGUACUGCAAAGGUGGUGUUGACUGGUAUAGGAGCCGAUGAGCAACUUGCAGGUUAUUCCCGCCAUAGAGUUUGUUACAAGGUGUCGGGGUUUGAGGGUCUGAUCAAAGAACUGGGGAUGGAAUUAGGUCGUAUCUCCUCGCGUAAUCUGGGAAGGGAUGAUCGAGUUAUCGGAGACCAUGGGAAAGAAGCCAGGUUUCCCUUUUUGGACGAAGCAGUUGUUUCUUUUCUAAAUGCACUUCCUGUGUGGGAAAAGGCAGACUUGACUCUGCCCCGGGGGACUGGUGAGAAACUGCUUCUGCGAUUGGUCGCAAAAGAACUGGGUCUCACUGCCUCUGCUUUUCUCCCAAAGAGAGCGAUGCAGUUUGGGUCUCGAAUUGCAAAAAUGGAAAACCACAAUGAGAAAGCCUCUGAUAAGUGCGAUAGGCUACUUCAGCGCUUGGUGGAUUAGUCCAUUUGUAUAAAUUUAGCUUCUUCACAUCAAUUUAAGGAAAGAUAGAAACUAUACUAUCCAGUGAAUCUACCUUUGGCACAAUUUCAGGUACAAAUACUGUACAUACUCUGUACAAUAAUGUAUAA